AGACCUGAGUUCCCUGAGUUCUGUCGUGUAGAAUAUGAGUUCUGCUCAGGUCGGUCACCUCAGUCAAUAACCGUUAUAUUAAUAUUCCAUAAGAACUGAGGGACUUGGAGCCCAGACUGCGCAUCAUUAUGGAAACUGAGUACUCCAAAAGAGUCUACCAGGGGGUCAGAGUGAAACACACAGUGAAGGACCUGCUGGCAGAGAAGAGGUCGAGACAGACAAACGUCCGUGGAUACAAUGGUGGAUCGAGUCCUUCCCAGCCAGCAUUCGUCCAAAUGUCUGGCUCCCACGUGCUCUCUGGAUACUAUGGUAUGCGGCGGCCUUUCAUGUCUGACUCAGAGCUCUGCCACCCGAGCAAGCAGUUCUCAACAGAGCCGUACUCUUCAUCCCUGGGGGGCAAGCCGCUGCCCUGCGAUGGUCCUCCGAUGACGGGCUACCCUUCCCUCAUAGACAGCUACUAUCCAGAGUCCUUUGGGGACUACCGAGGGGGCACAGCAUUUGCCCCAGGUGGAAGCUCCCUCUUCUCUGCCCCUUCUCUGCUCCCACCCUUCACAGGAGAUUCUUCCCACUUCCUCCUGAGGGACACGUGGGAGCAGCCAACCACAGACCCAGCCAGUCAGGCAGAGGGGAUGUGCUCCGAUGUGCUUGCCCCAGUGGUAGCCUCAACCUCACUGGCUGGCCCUGAAUCUGGCAGCCCAGUACACUACAGGGCUUCGGGUCGUGGGUCCAACGGGUCUGGUGGAUCCAGCUCACAGCCUUACUCCCUGCACUCCCUUGAUGAGGUGCAUUACCCCGGCCUGUACCCACCGGCCUCCAGCUACACAUGCCCACCGUACAUGUCUACCCCCUGUGAUCUGGCUUCCAAAAUGGGCCCACUCUCCUCUGAGGAGUCAGAGCAUGGUCCAGUGAUCAGUGAUGCCCCAGCCUGGUCAAAGGAUGAUGGUGGUGGCUCUUGGUCAUCGUAUGAGAUCAGGAGAGCCUACUGAGCUUUUCACUGUGAAAAGCUCCUUUUAACUCUUCACCAAGGACGUUUCCCCGACCUGAAGCCAUGAAGUCUUUCAAAAGUGAAGGACAUCCUGCAAGCAAAACUACUAUAUUUCUCUUCAAGUGGUUGUGGUCAUAUGUGCAUGUGUGUAUGUUAAGAAUAGAAAACUUUUGACACCUUAAAUAUAAAUCUGCUAGCAGUCAAGGACAGCCUUAAAUUAAUGUUGAUUAAAACUGCCAUUCUGUUUGUGAAGCAGCACUUAAGGGUGCCUCUUAAGGUGGCCAGUAAAGCUCAAGGCGAUCUGGUGUAUCGCCCUAAAGCCCCUGUUUCGGAAGGAGUUGAGCCACAUAUUUUCCACCGAUGAAGUCUUACAGUUUUGCACUCCUAACAUGAAGACAAUGUAGAAACAGUAGUAAUCAGAGGCCAGCCCUGUGAA